AUGAGAAAAUGGGGUGUCCUUCCUAGGAACCGUGACUCCGUCGACGUGCCGCCGCCGUCGCUGACGCACUCGGACGGUUUGCUCACCGUCAGGCGGAACGAGCGGCUCGCCGUCGAAAUAGCGUCGUCUCUGAGGAGACGUAGGCGGACCGGCGCCCCAAAGCCGCGCGCGGCACCUCCGUCACCUCGACGCUUCGCCGUGUGGCUUUUUGUUUUUUAG